AUGACUUCCGUUGGCGAGCAAAUCUUCCUUUUCGGAGAGCCCGACGAGGAGCCUAUGACCGGACUCAUGGAAGUCCUUGCGUAUGCGGACCUGAUGCUAUCAGGAUCGCUGAUAUUCGCCAUGGUUGUCCUUGUCGGCAUCCUCGGCUUUUACUGGGAGACGGUCUACCCAAUGGCCGUUUGGGGAGCGAACAAGCUCACCCAGGCUAUUCGCGCUGUGGCCUCCAAGGCGGGCUGGCUCUUGGAGGAGCUCCUAUCGAUCCGAUCGUAUGGCGAGCUCAAAUCCAAGAUCGUCAAGGCGGAGGCUGUACUUGCAAUUGUGAUUGCACAGAGUCUCUUUGGUCGAGUUGUGUCUGGCGUCGUCAACUUCUACUUCCCCUACAACUAUCCCGCGAAGACCAUCAUUCGGAUGAGUCUUACAUUCAUCGCCUACAUGGCUGCGGACGUGUUUCUUCUCCCUCCUCUCUCCCUCUGCUUCACCACCAUCCGCGAUGCCCUAAGCGAGGUGGUGUAUGACACCAGGGGCUAUUACGCCGAAAUGCUUCCUGAAAUAGCCCAUUUCGAGAUCUUUUCGGGUGUUGCUCUCUCUUUUAUUCUCCUCUUCGUCGGCGCUUUCUGGCUUUUCUCUGAGACCGAGGCCAAUGGCCCAGUAUCUCACAAGCCAUCUCCAUCUACCGCAACCCCGACAGAGGGCAACAAAUCCCAAGAGCCAACCCAGCCAGCCGUAAAAUCCACCACCACAUCCUCCUCCUUCCCUGCUGCUGCCGCCGCCACCGCUCCCUCCACCUCGUCCUCGUCUUCGAUCUCGUUUGCCUUGCAAAACCUAGCCGAUAUGCGCUCUGCACUCAGGAGCUGCAAAGCUGCCCUCGCUAGGGAAAAGGCUACAGUCAAGCUAGCCGAAAAGGAGAACAGGCGCCAUUCCGACGAAAAGGAAGUUCUCCGACAGGCCCUCAUCCUGAAAGACCGCCAGCUACGAGUCGCUCGCGGCGAGUUGAAGAACAUCUCGAUCGAGCAGGAUGGGAAAAAGCAAGACCUGAAGGACGAAGUGGCCCAGCUCAAGGGCGAUCUCGAUUUCCAAACUGAGAAGGCCUCUCGCGUGGAACGCAGGGUCGCAGAGCUCAGGGCCCGCUUGGAACAACCAGCUUUGGAUCGGGCCCUGGUGAACCAGGCUGCCUCGAAGGAACAGAGUUUCGAGGAGAGAAAUUGCUCCUCCGGCGGCAAUUAUGAGCGUGAGGCGUACCUCAUGGAGCAGCUGGAGCUGAAGACGCAGGCCGAAAACAGGCUGCGCAGCGAGCUUGAGUCUCUUCGAGCGGGCGUGCAAACCGAGAUCGAGAAGAUCCGAGUUGGGCUUCGCCAGGAAGCUCUCAAGAGAGUGCGCGAGACCGAACAGACGCUACUUAAUUCCCAGAAAGAACUCCGAGGACAGCUCCAGGCAGCGACUGAGGACGCCAAAGCCAAGGCGACUAUGGCAAGUAACCUCCAAGGCAAGGUCGUCUAUCUUGAGGGAAUAGUCGUCUCCGAGCAAUCGGAUAACAAAGAGCUUGAGGAAAAGGUCAAGGGUCUCAAGGAGGAGAUCCAGGAGCUUAGGGAGAGAAACCUGGACCUGGAGCUACUCGCAUCUGCCGAGCCAGCCCAGCCAGCCCAACCAGCAGCCCCCGAGCCAGAACCCACCGCCGGUAAAGACCAGCCAAUACUCACUCUGUUGGGAGUCCCAGAUCCCCAGGAUGUCGGCCACGAGCUCAUGAGGAAGAGCGCCGAAGCCCUCGCCGCCCAGCAGCGAGAGGAUUUCGAGCGUCAGAUCCAGGAGCACGAGGCGACAAUCAAGGACCUGAGGUCUGAGGUCAGCACUGGUCAGCGCCAUGUCCGAAUCACCACAAAUGAUAUCGAGAGGGCAAACAAGACUAUCCAGGACCUGAGAGCCGAAGUAAAGGCAUGCAGGGAACAUGGGGCUUCCCAGCAGCAGGCCGCGGAAGAUGAGAAAGCCGCCGCGCUUAGUCGGCAGCUGGAUGCAUCCAGGGAACAGGCAGAGGCAAACCGUCGAGAGGCCGUUCGUGCCCUCGAAUACAUCAGGAUGCUCGAGGCCCAGAUGCAGGCCCAGAGGCAGCCAGAUGAUCAAAAGAUCACGCCGAUGAAGUCCUCUAACCGGGGCUCCAUCGCCACUAAGCUCGAGCAGGCCAAUGUGAAGAUAGUGACCCAGGGCAACACUAUCAGCGACCUCCGAAAGAGGAUUGCCCAGUUGGAGGCUGGCCAGGCACAGUGA